AUGGUACAUCUUGCGGCUGUGUUGGAGUCAAUCACAGCUCAGGGCUGUGCGCGUGUCUUCAUCGAUAAUAUCUUCCGACUUCACGGGUUACCCCGUGAACUCGUGUCCGAUAAGGACCCCCGCUUCACAGCGGAGUUCUGGCAAUCCGUGUUCCGUUCACUUGGAACACGUUUGACGAUGUCGACUUCUGACCAUCCAGAAACAGAUAGUCAGACGGAACGCGUCAAUCGCGUUCUCGAAGAGAUGCUUCGAGGGUAUGUCCACUCGUUCACGAGCUGGAGUGAGUUCUUGCCGAUGAUGGAAAUUCGCCAUCAACAACUCGGUGCACGCGUCUACAACGCAUACACCUUUCUUCGUGAAUGGCCUACGCCAUCCACGUUUACCCGCCUUCUUAGAGUGUGA